CAUUGUAUUUGCUGUUUGGCUAAUUAUUACACCUGUUUCAGAGUUUCAGGUGAAAGCAACUGAAGAGAAGGCAAGCAAAAGUUUUGUUUUGGUUCACUCUGUCAAGCCUCUUGGAAACUACAUUAUCUUUGGAAUAUUGCUGUGCAGAAAGGUUUACCAACAUGGUCACUCUGGGAAAGAGCCUAACAUGCUCAAGACUACAGUUAGCUGUGAUGUUUGUGGUAACAGUUUAUCUGAAUACAGAUAUCACAGUGGCUAUGCAGAUAACAUCCACAGGGUCUCAGACCAUUCAAAGAGCCCAGGGGGAGACAGUCAUGCUGGGGUGCACAUACACCCCUGCCCCCUCUGACACAGGAGAUCUGGACAUUGAGUGGUUGAGUGUCCAUCCAGACAUGACCCAGAAAGACCAGCUGGUCAUAUCUUAUACAGGAGGGCAGAAAUUGCAUUACGGGGACCCCAGCUUGUCUAAGAGGAUGGACUUCACAGGAGACCCCGCGUUGGGAGACGCAUCCGUCUCCAUCUCUGCAGUGAAAGCCUCAGACACAGCCACCUACCAGUGCAAAGUCAAGAAGGCGCCGGGUGUCGACAUGCGAAAAGUCACUCUGGUGGUGAUGGUCCCUCCAUCAGUGCCUAAGUGUUGGGUUGAAGGCGUUGAAGAGAAGGGAGCUGAUGUCUCCCUGCGAUGCAAGUUAUCCGUGGGAUCCACCCCCCUUAACUAUGUCUGGAUCAGAGAGAGUGGAGGGGCCAUCCCGCCUACAGCAACACAAAACUCUCAGACUGGAGAGUUGAUGAUAAGAAAUCACUCAGAGAGCUACAUGGGAAAUUAUCUGUGUGUGGUGUCGAAUCCUGUGGGCAAAGAGCAGUGUAAAUACACCCUGCACGCAUACAACCCUCCCAACAAAGCAGGGAUCAUAGCAGCUGCUGUGAUUGGUGCACUGCUACUGUUGCUCCUCCUCCUGCUCCUCAUAUGGCUUCUGAUCUGCUGCUGCCACAAACGUCGCUACGAGAAGGAGGUUGCACAUGAAAUAAGGGAGGAUGCCCCAGCCCCAGAGAGCCGACCUGCCAGCAGGAACUCCAGCUUCCGCUCGGUCCUAGGCUUCCGCUCCCCCCCUGGGGCAGUCUAUAGCUCAGUGACAAAAGGUCAGCCCAAGAGGACAGAGUCAGACAAUAGGAGCUUCUACACCAACAGUAGCAUAGGCAUGCCUGCCCCCAGCAAGCAGAAAGCCCCUCAUUUGCCACCUGUGCUGAAAUAUGACAGCAGUAAUGGUUACCCUGUGUAACAAUGUUUUGGGUUGGGGUAAGGAUAAGCAUGAAACCUCAUAAUUUUUAAUUAAUUAAUUUUUGUAAUUCUUGGAAGGCCAGCCUUCAGUAUAAACAGCUAUAUCACAUGCAGACCCGGCAUUACAGGAUAUGUAUAAUCUCAUUCCCAUGCUACUUCCACCCUGUACUUUGUGCAAUAGCCUAAAAACUCUUGGUGCAAUAGUGCAACGGAUAAUGUUUUAGUCACGUGAAGCUCAAUUGAGGAUUUUGCCAAUGAGAAUGAACGAGAUGAUAUUUAAAGUGUAUGUCAGAUGAAGUGGUGUAAAAAUACUUGAAAGUACUACUUAAGUUGUUUUUUGGGAUAUCUGUACUUCACUAUUUAUAUUUGACUACAUUCCUAAAGAAAAUAAUGUACUUCUUACUCCAUACAUAUUCUGACACCCAAAAAGUACUUGUUACAUUUUGAAUGCUUAGCAGGACAUAAAUUGUCUAAUUCACACUUAUCAAGAGAACGUCCCAGGUCAUCCCUACUGCCUCUGAUCUGGCGGACUCACUAAGCACAUGCUUCAUUGGUAAAUUAUAUCGUAGCGUUGGAGCGUCUCCCUGGCUAUCCGUUAAAAGUUUGCUUAAUAUAAGAAUUUAAAAAAUAAUUUAUACUUUUACUUUUGAUGCUUAAGUAUAUUUUAGCAAUUACAUUUACUUUUGGUACUUAAGCAAAUAUUUUUAGACUCAAGUAGCAUUUUACUGGGUGACUUUUACUUGAGUCAUUUUCUAUUAAGGUAUCUUUACUUUGGGUACUUUUUCCACCACUGGUCAGAUGUAUGUUUUUUAUUCUAUGCAUGACUUAUUUUGUCUAACAGACAAGUAACCAAAAUGUUUAAUCUUUUCUAUGAGUUUUCAAUGAAAAUAUAUAUUUUUUUAAUCAAGCACUUGAUUCUGAAUCAGUUGUAUCCUGUACAUUUGUGUCACCAAUCGAAAAAGCUAAUGACCCCACCCUCAAUACACCAGGCCAAUGAUUGUUAAUACGGAAUGACAUUGUGUGCCAGUCAUAUGUGAUUUAAGAUAUUGAUUUUGAUAUAAAACUUAACGACUGAUUUCAUACUGACUAGCCUCAGAAGGCAGACAGUUCAAAGAAUAAAAGCUUGAAGAAACUCUAUGAUCAAAUGAUUUUUUUCAAUCUUAGCACGGUGGAAUGUCUACAAUGAUUGAUUUGGAUGCAAGGAUCACUGGGUUUUUGCCUUUUUUUUGGUUUCCAUCAUAGUAUAAUAUUGAUCUGUCUAGACUCCUCAUUCCAGAUUCAAACCUGCCACAAAUAAUUAGGCAUGCUUUCGUUGUGGUCUUGCCAAGCAGAAUGCUUUAAGAGUCAACACCCAGAGCACCAACCCUGUACAGUGUUGAAUAAACACAGAACAUGAAGGUGAGCCAAACGCAGGUUGCCCCCUUUAUCACAUGUAAAUCGACCCUGUGGAACGGAUGUGUAGAUCUGUGGCCAUAGGAAGGAUAUUUGCAUGGGAACUGGACCCUGAGGUUUUGUUCAGUAUCUGUGGUUUUGUCAACAUGUCAUUCUGCAAUACAUCUGGUUCAGUAAUUCCACCGGAUAUACACAGAGCGAAUUGGCCAGUGUUACCUAGUGUUGAUUCAGGAGUUAAAUUAACACGGUGUAAAAUAACCCCAGUGUUGUGUGAUUGUGUCAGUUUUACUUUGUGGAUAGUAAAACAUUCCCAUCAAAACCAUGGCCAUCGUUAUCAGAUUUCCCAGCAUGCUCUACAGCAAAACAUUUUUUAGGAUUGUUUUUCAUAUCUGUGCUUUUGCAUGUACAUUGAUUGUGUAGCGUAAGACUAAUCCAUCAAAUAUAAAUAAAACAAUUCUAAACUA